CCCGGGGAGCCCUGCGGGGCGGGACGCAGGCGGCAGCGGGGCUCGGCGCUGGGGGGGCCGGGGGGUGUCACCGUGCCGCUGCCUCCCCGCGGGGCUCGGCGGAGCCCCCGGCGGCCGCCCCGACCUGCCCGCGGCGAAGGUGGCGGCGGCGGGUGGGGAUGCCGGUCUCUAUCCUUUCCUGUCACAUGGCCGGUAACAGGAUCCCUCAUCUGCCGCUCGGCACCUCGCCGGGGCGCGGCGGCGGGACACACAUGCCGUAGGGCCGCCGCUCCCCGCACUUCGCGCUCCGCCGGCCCGCCCCGGCCCCCUCAGCCGCCCAUGGAGCCCCCCGCCCUCGCCGCCGCCCUGGCCCUCUCCGGGCUGGCGCUGAGCUGCUGCCGGGACCCGCUUCUCUCCGAAUGUUAUACAGCAAAUGGGGCUGACUAUCGUGGCACUCAGAACCAGACCUCCCAAUAUGCAGGGAAACCGUGUCUGUUUUGGAAUGAGACCUUUGAGCAUCCUUACAAUACUUUGAAAUAUCCCAAUGGGGAGGGAGGGCUUGGAGAGCAUAACUACUGCAGGAACCCUGACGGAGAUGUCAGCCCAUGGUGCUACAUUGCAGAGCAUGAGGAUGGAAUAUACUGGAAAUACUGUGAGAUUCCAUCCUGCCGAAUGCCGGGGAACCUGGGGUGUUACAAGGACCACGGAGAACCACCGCCUCUGACUGGCACCAGCGAGACCUCCAAUAAACUCACUAUCCAAACGUGCAUCAGUUCCUGCCGAAGUCAACAAUUUAAGUUUGCAGGCAUGGAAUCAGGUUAUGCUUGUUUCUGUGGAAAUAAUCCUGACUACUGGAGAUACGGGGAGGCAGCCAGUACGGAAUGCAACAGUGUUUGCUUUGGAGACCAUACUCAGCCCUGCGGUGGGGAUGGCAGAGUCAUUCUUUUUGACACCCAUAUUGGUGCCUGUGGAGGGAAUUACACUUCUGCUACCGCUGUGAUCUAUUCCCCAGAUUUUCCUGACACGUAUGGCACGGGCAAAGUCUGUUACUGGACCAUCCAAGUUCCAGGGGCAUCUCAGAUCCACUUCAGCUUUGCCCUCUUUGAAAUCAAAGAUGCUACAGAUAUGGUGGAGUUGCUGGACGGCUAUACCUAUCACGUUCUAGCUCGUUUUAAUGGCAAGAACCGGCCUCCCCACACCUUUAACAUCUCUUUGGAUUUUGUCAUUUUGUACUUUUUCUCAGAUGAAAUCAAUCAAGCCCAGGGAUUUGCUAUCAGAUAUAGAGCUGUGAAGGACAAUGUGCAUCAGAAGAGCAUUCCGAUGAAUCAGACCCUUUCAGAGAAGAGAAACGAACAAGCAAAUCUCAGCAUCAAUGCAGCCCGGUCAUCAAAGAUACUUUAUGUCAUCACAACCAGCCCGAGUCAUCCUAGCAGCUCCAUGCCCGAGUGGACAAUCUACAGCCUCACAGCGCUGCUCAUCCUCAGCGUUACAGCCAUAAUAGCAAAGAUAUUUCUCCACAUAACCAUGAGAUCCCACCCGAUACCAUCUGCAGCUGAAACAGAAGAUUCCAGCGAGGUUACGACUGCGGGCGAGAUCUGGAGUAUAUUUUACCAGCCAUCCACAUCCAUAUCCAUCUUCAAGAAAAAGCUUCGAAGCCAACAAGAUGAUUGCAACCCGCUAGUGGGAAACUGAAGUGUCUUUUAUUUUCCAAGAAUCAAUCUUCUUAAAAUCCAGGUGACUUGGGAAUAAUCCUUUUUUUAGCUCCCAAUCUCAUACUUGUUUUCUAAAAAGCCCAUUUCCAAAGGCCUCGGAGCAGCUUUGCCUAUCUGCUGUUCUCUUGGGUGUACUAAUGACAACAGAUUUAAUUGCGGCAAUAGUUUUGAAAUAUCUGGUGCUCAUCAGAUCCGUAGCGCUCUUAAUUACUGCCUUUAAACCAAAGCACUUAAAAUACAUGUAAAAACCUGUAAAAUUCAAAGCGUCCUGUACCCCUGCCAAGAGUAACUGAAUGAGUAUCUGCAGGUCGAGGACUCCUUGUGUCCUACUUUCCUGUGCGGCUCUUUUGUGUCAGGCUGCUUCAGCCCCUUUGUUCUCGAGGCUGAGGCAGAUACCGAUAUCGGGUUCAGCUGCCACAGCCACCAGAGCUCAUUGGCCUUCAACACCUCUAAAGGGGACUAGAGAGUAAAACGGGAGUCAAAGACUUUGGGAAACUCAGCCUGGUUGCCCACUGCUCUGCUGUUUCUACAAGCAGAGAGGUACAAAACCACAAUCAAAUCAAAUUCAGGAGGCAAACAUUCUGUGGAGUUUCAGCUGGAAAUGGAGUAACGGCCACCAGGUCGCGGUCUGCACGAGCAAGGAAGACUUUUAAACGGCGGUGUCUGACCCGUCAUUCGCCGAUGGUUAUGGUGAUUUUGUUCAUAGUCACAGUGACCCUUUAAAAAACUACUGCGCUCCGGUCAGAGUCCCGCAUUCGUUCUGGAUGUGAGCUUAGGGCUUCUUAAAGGACCGUCCAAAGAAAUUGUGAAUUCACUGAAUUUUUGAACAGGGAGGCUGACAAACACAAAUUCUUACUCUGAAGUUAAAGACGUUGAUCUUAGCAGCCUGAGCUCUGGACAAAGCUGCAGCCCUCUGUCAACAACUCGCCUGUGCCAGGCUGUGCAUCUGAACGCGCACCCAACGCCUGCCCUCAUGCUCGCCUGGGAGAAGCAUCUCCUUGCCUGCAAAAUUAAAACAGAACUGCACUUUUAAGAUUCAUGCCCUUAAUUGUCAAAGAGCUAAAACAUCAGUGGGGAUCUGAUCCAUGAAAUAAGUUUCUCUUUGAUUGCAACAGACAGCAUCAACUAUUUUUUCUCUCGGUGGUGGGAAAUCUGUCCACCCACGAUGCUCAGGCUUCUCGCCCCACCACCAGGAGUCACCCGGGAGUCCCUCGGCCGCAGCCAGUCCAGACCAGCACGAUAUUUAGGAAAAACUGACAAUACAGAAGUCAGAUAAAUUGCCUGGGAAAGCUUACUGAGCGAGCAGCUCCUCAAACCCAGUUCGAGGAAAUUCCGAGAGAUUAAAGUGCAGUAAUUCAGGUUCAGACAAGAGGAAUAAAUGCCAGUUUAACC